AUGGAUACAACUGAACCAGAAGAAUCACUACCAGAAGAAAACUCAGUACAUAUUCGACUUGUGCCCAACGUAGGCACCACCAAUCGAUGCUUUGUAUUUGAUGUCGUUGAUCGCAAGUUGGUCGUAGGCGGACCUUCCUUAAAGUUGGGCCGAUACUCUGACCGAACAGUUAUAUCGGACCGACUCUCGUUCAAGAGCAAAGUAGUAAGUCGAUAUCAUGCAGAGAUAUGGCUAGGAGAAGACAAGAAGAUAUAUAUUAAGGAUACAUGUUCAUCAAGCGGGACCUUUGUCAAUCACAUUCGACUCUCUCCAGCCAACACAGAAAGCACAAAACCUCAUGAACUUGUUGAUGGAGAUCUCAUUCAAUUAGGCGUUGAUUAUAAAGGAGGUUUAGAGCCCAUGUAUCGAGCAGUCAAGAUGCGUUUGGAAGUCAACCGCCGUGAAUGGCGGGAAACUUGCUCCAAUACCUAUAAUCUUACCGCGUUCCAUCAGCUAAGAAAUCAAUUAUCAGAUGCAGCAAAAUCAAAAGAAGAUAUCCAAGAGUGCUGUAUUUGCUUAUAUUGCAUAGCACCAUUUCAAGCCUUGUUUAUUGCCCCUUGCUCUCAUAUAUAUCAUUAUAGAUGCUUACGACCCUUACUCAAUCAAAAUUAUCCUGGCUUUUCUUGUCCGCUUUGUAGAACGUAUUCGAACUUGGAAGAUAGUGUAGCAGUAGAAGAAAACGAAGUAUUACAGAUGCUUGGCUUAGGUAAUAUAGAUUUCGUUUUUGCUGUAAGCUGCGGCAACUAA